AUGUUCCGCAGCCAGUAUGACACUGAUGUAACAACAUUUUCGCCACAGGGUCGCCUCCUGCAGGUAGAGUACGCCAUGGAGGCGGUGAAACAGGGCUCCGCGGUGGUUGGGGUCUGCUCAGCAACGCACGUUGUCUUGGCUGCCCUGAAACGCUCGUUUUCCGACUUAGCGUGGCACCAACGAAAGAUCGUUCCUAUUGAUGAACACAUAGGGGUUGCCAUAUCCGGUAUUGCUGCAGAUGCCCGCGUCUUGACCAAAAGAAUGCGGGACGAGUGCUUGCAACACCGCUUUGUCUACGGGGACGCUAUGCCGGUUGGACGCCUCGUGCACCUGGUCGCAGACCUGUGCCAAAAGUGCACACAACGCAUUUCUCGACGGCCGUAUGGUGUAGGGUUGCUAGUUGCUGGCGUCGACGAGAGUGGCCCUCACCUCUAUCAAACCUGUCCGAGCGGAGAGGUUUACGAUCUCGUGGGUAUGGCAUUAGGAGCACGUUCACAGAGCGCCCGCACCUACUUAGAACGUCAUAUGGAUGAGUUUUCAUCGGCUUCUCGAGAGGCGCUUAUUCGCCAUGCUCUAUGGGCACUGAAUGAGACGCUUGCGUCCGCCAAAGAUCAGCACUUGAGUGCGGAAAACUGUGCGGUCGGGGUUGUCAGCAUCGGCGAUGAUAUGCGUUUUCAUCUUUACGAACAUGAGCAGGUGCAGCCACUGCUGGAUGCCUGCGCGUUUCCAAAGUCUGGUGGAACGGCAACGGAGACGAGCACCGAACAAGCGCCGCAGAACGUAACGGACUCGGACGAGCAUCACGAUGCAACCAUGCAACAGGAUACACCCUGA